UUUUUCGCCCUAAAUUAGAACUGCAAGUUGAGAUGGCGAGGGCAGCUCUGCUUCAUCUGGUUCGAUCUCAAUCCAGAGCCUUCCGUUCAGCUGAUCGUGUUACUAAGGUCCUGCCCUGGUCUCGCACAUCUGGUGCCAAAUUUGAUUUUAGUCCUACCACUCGUUAUACUUCUACCCAUGUACGCUGGGCAUCUCAAGCUGCUGUAGCAGAAGAUGAUAGUAAGAUUAGUAUUGGACCUCGUAAAGGAAGAGAAGAUGGAAAUGAAGAAAAGGGGAGGGAGGUUGUUUACUACGGUCCUAUAUCAGGUACUAUCAAGAAAGUGAAGCUUCUCUCGCUUUCCACAUGUUGCCUCUCUGUUUCGUUAGGUCCUGUGAUCACUUUCAUGACAUCACAGGACAUGAAUGUCAUCCUUAAGUACGCAGUGGCUUCUACUGUUGUGAUUUUAAGUGCUUCUACAACUGCUGCCCUUCAUUGGUUCGUGAGUCCUUACAUUCACACACUCAGAUGGCAGCCUGGCGCUGACACCUUUGAGGUCGAAAUGAUGUCCUGGUUGGCGAGAUUGGUCCCGAAAACCAUCAAGUUUGAAGAUAUCAGACCUCCACAGACCCAAAGGCCUUUCGUGUCUUUCAAGGCGAAUGGUAACUUCUAUUUUGUCGACACUGAGCACUGCCACAACAAGGCAUUGUUGGCAAAACUAACCCCUCCGAAACAAUAGUCCAUUGCCACGCUCCAUGGUCAAAAGUUUCCUCUCUUCUGUAGGUAUGGUGAUAUACUUACGUUGUUUACCGGGUUAACUUUUUUUUGAGAAAUAAGCAUACCGAUGAAUCAUUAAGUUCACAUAUGCUUGAAUAAUAUUGAACACAUUUUGUCUACAAUAGUGAGUUUAACUUCCCUUUUUCCUGAGAAGAACUACAUUUUAUUAAAUUUUGGCUUUUUUUAUCUUAUCUUUUGUUAUAAUAAA